GAGGAUGGAUGGACAGAUGGACCAACUGGUAAUGCUACGCUCUGUUCGUCACAGACUCAAGUGUCCCAUCCCAGCCACCUCGCUCUUUAUGCCAUAUCUCAACCUACAGUACUACCUCACAGUCUGUGCUCCUCUUGAAACUGCCGCCCCUCCAGAUCACCCUUAUUAG